GACAGAAAUAUCUUUAAAGGGGAAUUAAAACAGUGGCAUCUGCAAGACGUCCUGGAGGAGUGUCUGAAUGCAGUCAAUUGAAAAUUCGUUUCAAUGGGCGUUAAAUGAAAGGAAAAUUUUGUAUGAGAAACUGACCCCAACAGUUUUCCCCACAGUAGAAGCCAUCAAGGUGCCAAGACUGCUGCCCUGUUCAAGUUAGACUAGGGAGUGCGACAGUACUCUGACCUCUGCUUGGAACUAAAUAUCAAUAUAUGAAGCUUUCAAGGCCUUUUGAUUAAUCGGCCGCUCGAUGGGGAUUUACCGAGGAGCUCCCACCUGCGUGGCCUUCCCUCCGCUCCACCACCUGCCCUCCCUCUUCAGAACCUCCUCCUCCGAAAUGAUGAAACUGGUAUUAACUGAAUGGCAAUUGAUAUGGAUUUUUACUUAUUGCAGUAGACAGUAAAAAGGAGACCCAUGACAAAGCCAUACUUUUAUACACACCCUAACCUCUCCGCGCCCCAAGGCAAGCACUUCAGCACCUCCCAGCAACCCCAAGGAAUGUAUACACGCUCUGAAAGGAUUCCAGAGAGUUGUUGAAUUUGUGAGAGAGGAGGAGAGGAGAGGAGAGAAGGGGAGAGGAGAGGAGAGGAGAGGAGAGGGCAACCCCGGAGGAUAGACCAGUUUCCCUAUCGCCAGCCGAAGAGCGGGGGUCUCACACCAGCGACUAUGGCGCCCCAGAACAGCAACUCGGAUACUAUGCAAGUGCAGGAGGUGGCGGUGGUGCCCGCUAAGAGAGCGGGCGGCGGCGGGCGCGAGCUGGAGAGCCAGGACGAGUCGGUCAGCGAGGGCUCCAUAGACCGCAUCCCCCUGCGCCAGUGGGUCAUGCACGGCGCCAUCAUGUUCGGCCGGGAGUUCUGCUACGCCAUGGAGACGGCCCUGGUCACGCCCGUAUUGCUGCAAAUAGGUCUUCCAGAACAGUAUUACAGCCUGACGUGGUUCCUGAGCCCCAUCUUGGGCCUGAUCUUCACCCCUCUGAUUGGCUCGGCCAGUGACCGCUGCACCUUGCGAUGGGGUCGCCGGCGGCCCUUCAUCCUGGCCCUGUGCGUGGGCGUGCUGCUCGGGGUGGCGCUGUUCCUCAACGGGUCGCUCAUAGGCCUGGCCAUUGGAGAUGAGCCGAACAACCAGCAGGUCGGCAUCGUGCUGACGGUGCUGGGCGUGGUGGUGCUGGACUUCUGCGCGGACGCCAGCGAGGGGCCCAUCCGAGCCUACCUGCUGGACGUGGCCGACCCCGACGAGCAGGACAUGGCGCUCAACAUCCACGCGUUCUCCGCCGGGCUCGGAGGCGCAGUGGGCUACAUGCUGGGCGGUCUGGACUGGACUCACACUUUCCUGGGCCUGACGUUCAAGUCCCAGGAGCAGAUCCUGUUCGUCUUCGCCGCCAUCCUCUUCAUCGUGUCGGUGGCGCUGCACCUGGUGAGCAUCGAGGAGCAGCAGUACAGCCCUCAGCAGGACCGGCUGGACGAGGAGGCGGAGCCCGCGUCUGCGCCGGGGCCCGACGGCGGCCCGCCGCGCCUGGAGCUGAUCCGCGAGGACGAGCCGUACGACGCGUACGAGGACGCGCGCUCCGAGCGCGACCUGGACAUGGGCUUCCUGGACGCCGACCUGGUGCGCAGCAAGAGCGACUCGGUGCUGGCCAUGGCCGACGGCUCGCUGGAGCUGGACCGCGACCCGCUCUUCCUGCGCCAGAUCGAGCCGUCCAUCUUCCAGGACCGGGCGUCGUCGGGCAGCGGCUCUCCCCCGCGGCGCGGCAGCGCGGGCAGCGGCAGCGCGGGCAGCCGCGACGGCCUGGGCGCCCGGCUGGGCCACCUGUCGGCCUUCCUGCAGGCGGAGGCGGAGCGCGACGGCGAGGAGGCGCUGCUGGGCAGCCAGCGCAGCCUGGGCAAGGCGCCCAACGGGCGGGCGGCCGGCGCCAACGGCCACGCCCCCGGCGGCAUGAAGCAGUCCAGCACCAGCGUCUCCAUGCGCCCCCGCCGCCGCCACACCUUCUACCGCCAGCCGUCCAGCACCUUCUCCUACUACGGCCGCGUGGGCUCCCACCGCUACCGCUACCGGCGGGCCAACGCCGUGGUGCUCAUCAAGUCCUCGCGCAGCAUGAACGACAUCUACGAGAUGCAGGACCGGCAGCGGCGCGGCAGGCGGCGCCAGCGGCACCAGAGCGGCAACACCAACUCCAGCGGCGACACGGAGAGCGAGGAGGGCGAGACGGAGACCACGGUGCGCCUCCUCUGGCACUCCAUGCUGAAGAUGCCGCCCGAGCUCCUCCGCCUGUGCGUCUGCCACCUGCUCACCUGGCUGGCCAUCAUCACCCAGGCCAUCUUCUACACCGACUUCAUGGGCCAGGUCGUCUUCCACGGCGACCCCAAGGCUCCGGCUAACACCACCGAGCUCCUCAACUACCACGAAGGAGUGCAGAUGGGCUGCUGGGGGCUGGUCAUCUACGCCGUAACUGCUGCUAUUUGCUCAGCUUUACUCCAAAAGUACCUGGACAACUUUGACCUCAGCAUCAAGAUCAUCUACAUCCUGGGCACGCUCGGCUUCGCCAUCGGCACGGUGGUCAUGGCCAUCUUCCCCAACGUCUACGUCUCCAUGGUGAUGAUAAGCAGCAUGGGCAUUAUCUUCAUGAGCAUCUCCUACUGCCCCUACGCCCUACUCGGCCAGUACCACGAAAUCAAGGAGUACAUCCGCCACAGCCCGGGGAACUCCAGGCGAGGGUUUGGCAUCGACUGCGCCAUCCUGUCCUGCCAGGUGUACAUCUCGCAGAUCCUGGUGGCCUCGGCGCUGGGCUCGGUGGUGGACCUGGUGGGCAGCGUGCGGGUGGUGCCCAUGGUGGCGUCGGGGAGCUCCUUCCUGAGCUUCCUCUCCGCCACCUUCCUGGUCAUCUACCCCAACCCGCACGCCGACGACAGCAAGGGGGAGCCGGGGAAGUCCCCCGGGCGGGCCGAGCUCGGCCAGGGCGACGCCGCCGAGAAGCCCAGCGUGCUGAAGCUGACGCGCAAGGGCACCGCCGCCACCACCACCGCCUGCCGGGCCGAGUGCGAGUCCACGCUGUGACUCCGCCCCAUGCCCCGCCCCGCCCCGCCCCGCCCCUCGCCCAACCCCCGCGCGGAACCGCCCGACCCGAAGGCGCCGCGCGUUGCUCCGCCUGCUCAGACGGGACGUGAAGGAGAGGCCGCUUUCUUAAUCCACGGCCUCGCCCCUCUCAGGGCCCCCGGGGUGUUGGGGGGGGGGAGGGGGGGGCACCGUCUGAGCAGCCACUGUCUGAGCAGCCAUCUCAGGACAUGAGAAAAUGCAUCAGGAAACACGCAGCGGGUGCUCGAGCUCUCAGAAACACGCACUUCACUUCUCACUUCCAGUAACCGGCAAAGAGGAAAAGGACUAUUUAUUCUUCAGUUAUUAGAGUCAAAAAAGCCAACAAUGGCAGUGUUCUCCUGGAUUGACCACGUGUUAUUCCUCCUUGUACAUUUUGUUUCGGGGGGGGCGGGGGUGGGGGGGGAUUACCAAACGUUUUGAAGCCCAGUUUGAAAGCUGUUAGCAGUUUAGAAUAUUUUCAGAGCUAUAGGCUCAUUGGCUUUACACGAAAUUUAUUUACAGUGGGGGGUGCAGGCGAUUUCUCAGUGAGAGAACCUCGCUUUAAGUGUAAGGAGAGGCUGUGUGCUGAUUGGUCUCAUGUCUCUAGUCUUUUUUUUCAUUUCCAAGUGCUUUAACAUGAAGACUUCUCACAAAUGACUGUGCACACGACAGCCUCGACAGGAUAGGGGGGGAGCACAACCCACAGUGUCCAUUCACAAAUUUUUAAGUUUUCCGGGAUCUUCUGUUCCACCUUACUGUGGAAAUCUUACUGCAGCCGCCACUUUUUGGGGGGCAUUAAAUGGUGAAAACUCUUUUACAAAUGAAAGAGAUAUAUAUGUAUGUUAAUGCUGCAUUGGAGUUUUGGAGUAUUUACCAAACAAUGUAAGGAAAACCCAAGGGGGUUUGAAGUGAUCUUAAGCUAUAGAUGAGAAAUCGUGGCAUGAUGUGAAAUUCAGGACUCAUUUCUCCUCAACCUUGCGUUUGUUUGCAAUGUUACCAUUCUGUACGCUUGUACAGUUUUGAUUGUUCUUUAAAAGCAAGAUAUAUAAUAUAUAUAUAUACUAGCUGGAUAUUUGUCAAAUUUGGGAGUGCCUGUGCCUGGAGAAGGAGGUGGAGGUGACUAGGCUUGAGGAAGGGACAGGGUGGAAGAAGCCCUCGGCUAGAUGCACUUUUUUUGUGGCAGAACUCAUGCUGUGCAGGAACAUGUAAAAAUCACUAAAAUGUGAGGUUUUGCUUUGUCUGUAUCACUUAGGUCUUUUCUUUUUCUUUUUUUUUAAGCUAACUGAGAAGACAUCGUUCAAGUCUCAACGACUUCCUCUCACCAGCAGUCUGUUUACAUUACACCCUGGUCGCUACACCAGUCUGGGGAGGGGGGUGGGGGGGGAGUCGGGGGGGGGGGGGGGGGAGUGGAGCCGAGUAAUCUCCGAAACUGUUGAGUGACCCAACUGCGAAGGCCCUGCCUUCCCGCCCUGCACAAUCUCAGCUCUGCCAUUUUGGAUCCAAGUGCCCUGUUCUCUGGGCGAGACUGCACUCGGUAGCAUUAUGAUUAUGGCAGAGGAAGUGGAGAUGGCCGCCGACUUAACAGAGCUGAAUUGCAGCCGGAACGCAGGCCCUGCGGAGACGGCUCGGUGGGUUACACUAUGGGAGUUACACUAUGGGAGUUACACUGUGACCUGCUAUGGGAUGAAUGUUCACCUUUGAUCCAUUGCACUUGGUGUAUGCUGUGCUGAUCUGUUACCAUGCAUGCCUAUGGGGUACUGCAAUAGUGCAUUGAGUUCAGGAGGCCUCAGCCAGGCCUGCAACUCUCAGGUGCUAGCGGAGUUGCUUCAGUACUUGGGCCACCCAAGUAUUCAAAGGUUGUCAAAUUAGAACUGCCGUGUAAUACAGGAAUUCCUGAAGAGAGGAUAUUGCUUCCUUUUAUACAUUUGUAUACCGAACAGUAAGCAUACCAGUGAACCAUUUCUAGAUAUAACUGUAUAACCUGUAGAAGUAUGAUCUUGCAAAUAUAAAUCUUUGAGUAAGAAAAAAAAUAAAAUAAGCUGAGAUCUUUUCAGAAUGUAAUGAGACAAGAAACCAAACUUGAAGAAAAAAAAAAAACAAAGUUUCUGACAAAUCAGACGACAGUGGCAAUAAUGUAUCUGCCUCAUUAAGGGUAGUAGUUGUAGGCGCAGGGUGGGUGUACUUUUAUAAUGCAUGGGUGAACGUAUGUGUAUCCUAGUUAUCUUAUUUAAAAAUUGUACUCGUAGUUAAGCAUAGAGGGAAAAAAAAAACUUGUUUUAAAUGUUCGUUUGAAGUCUAUUUUUUGAAUACUUGAAGUGCAACUCGAGUGUUUUGAGAGUAAGGGUGUGACGUUGAGAUGGACUAGCUCCCAGUUUAGUCCUGUUCAGGCAGUAGAGCCAUUUGAUUCCAUCAAGUAACAAUAGAAACCAAUGAAUGUAAUACUUUGUUGUUUUAUUUUUCAGCAGCAUAUUUGACAUUGCACAGAACUUGCACAUACGAAGUUGAGUUUAAAAAAAAGAAGAAGAAAAAAAAUCAUCUUGCAAAAGAAAAAUUUAAACUGUGGAUAUUUAUUUUUUGAUCUCCUCUUGUGAAAUGGACACUUUGACUUUAUUUAAAAUAAAUUCUAUAAAUAUAAAUAUAUAUAUAUAUUUAGACUUGCUGAAAGGCAGUGAGAUGUGCUCUGACUUGGUGAAGAUUGAAGUGUGCGUGCGUGCAUGCAUGCAAGCGUGCCUGCGUGGGGGUGACUGCUGUGAACCCAAUCUCAACUCUGUUCUUCCCUGUUCUGCUGUUUCCUCAAUCAUCUUCAGUUUACAAUUCACAUUUUAUUUUCAAAGCUAGGAGUUCCACUGUAAGUGAAAAGACUACAGAAGAUGCUUUCCUUUAAGGCUUUUUUUUUUUUUCUUGAAAUAUGAAUGCGUGAGAUUAAAUUUCUUGUGUGUAUUCUCAUGACUACAUUUUUAUAUUACUCCCAUUUUGGCACGAUUCAUUAAGAAAAUCAAGAAAAUCUUGAAAUUAUAUUUCAUUUGAGAAAAUUGGGAGUCUGUAGUUGUUUCCUAGAAUAAGAAAAUUAAUCCUGAAUAUUAUUUUAACCUAAACGUAUAGAAAAAUCUUUAAGGGCGAAAUGCCGUGUACUGUAUGCCUUGUCAUAUUAAAGUUGUAUAUUUCAUUUGAAUAGUUUUCCUUUGCUGCUAUUAAAAAAGCGGAUUAUUUUUAUUAGGGUUUUUUUUCUAUAUAAUUACAAUGUAUAUAAAUAAAACCUGUACAUAUGCUCAAGCCUUCUCUCAUGUAGGACUAUGGAAGAACACUGUAUUUGAAUGCACCUUUAAAAAAAAUCUUGACAACCAAAA